AUGCUCUCCGAAGCUGUCUCAUUGCUGCUGCUUGUGGCUGGCAUCCGCUCGGUGUCCGGAGGAGGUGCUGGAGGCGGAUACGCUCAAGUGAAAUACAUGCAGCCCAUGGUGAAAGGGCCCCUGGGGCCCCCAUUCCGGGAAGGCAAAGGGCAGUAUCUCGACAUGCAACCGCUCCUGCCGAUGGAUCUCAAAGGGGAGCCAGGCCCCCCAGGAAAGCCAGGCCCAAGAGGACCUCCAGGCCCCCCAGGCUAUCCAGGAAAACCAGGCACUGGGAAACCCGGACUUCAUGGCCAGCCAGGCCCUGCUGGGCCCCCUGGAUUUUCUGGUGUUGGCAAACCAGGUAUCCCAGGGCUUCCAGGAAAGGCAGGUAUGAAAGGGAUGCCCGGCCUCAAAGGUGAACCCGGCCUGAGAGGUGAGCAAGGCCAGAGAGGAUUACCUGGCCCGCCAGGAUUGCCUGGGCCAGCAGGCAUCUCAGUCAAUGGGAAACCAGGCAUGCAGGGCACUCCAGGUCUACCAGGAUUUCGGGGUGAGCCUGGGCCAAAAGGGGAGCCAGGGCUUCGGGGGGAGCGGGGCUUAAAGGGUGAAAAUGGCGUUGGGAAGCCAGGGUUUCCGGGUCCCCGAGGAAAUGGAGGCCCCCCCGGCCCCGCUGGGCCUCCAGGGCCAAACGGCAUUGGGAAACCAGGGUUCAAUGGCUUACCAGGUGCUCCAGGGGGGAAAGGCGAGAUGGGCCCAUCUGGAGCCCCUGGGAUCAAUGGGGAACCUGGGCCGAUGGGGCCACGGGGGCCACCAGGCAUUGAUGGAAUAGGCAUCCCGGGCGUCGGAGGGGUUCCAGGUAUGCAAGGCCCUGUGGGGCCAAAGGGAGAACCCGGGAUCCGUGGCCUUCCCGGUUUACCUGGGCCCGCAGGCUAUGGGAAACCAGGUUUGCCGGGCUUAAAAGGAGAUCGUGGGCAACCUGGGAUCCCAGGAGCCAUUGGCGACAAAGGGGAACCGGGCAUGGAUGGGGAAGCAGGCGAGCAGGGCCCGCAGGGUGUCAUUGGAUCCCCCGGGGUGCCAGGCUCCAUGGGCUUGCCAGGCAAACACGGGCUGCCAGGCCUCAAAGGUGAGGUUGGGCUGCCUGGGCCCCCAGGAAUACCAGGGAUGCGUGGAGACCAAGGGCCAAAUGGUUUUGCAGGGAAACCAGGGGUCCCUGGAGAGAGAGGUUUGCCUGGGUCUCAGGGACCACCUGGCCCCACAGGGCCAAAAGGAGAACCAGGGUUCACAGGGAUUCCUGGGGUGCCAGGGUUAACAGGUAGCCUGGGACCAAAGGGAGAUGCAGGAAUUCCAGGCCAGUCAGGCCUGAGGGGCCCAUCUGGUAUUCCAGGCCUACAAGGCCCUUCUGGUCCCAUGGGGCCACAGGGCUUACCAGGGCUGAAAGGGGAACCUGGCCUCCCAGGCCCUCCAGGGGAGGGGAAGGUAGGGGAGCCUGGCAUUACAGGACCCAUUGGCCCACCUGGAAUACCAGGGACACGUGGAUUAAACGGACCCCCAGGACCACCAGGGCCGCCUGGUCCCCCCGGGGCACCAGGGGUGUUCGACGAGACAGGCAUCGCUGGACUGCACUUGCCGGAUGGAGGCGUGGAAGGAGCGGUGUUAGGGAAUGGUAAGCCUGGGAAGCCACAGUAUGGCAAAGGGGAGCUCUCUGCCCGGAUAGCACCCGCUUUCACGGCCAUCCUGACCUCCCCGUUCCCAGCCUCUGGCAUGCCAGUCAAAUUCGACAGGACUUUGUACAACGGGCACAACGCCUACAAUCCAGCCACUGGGAUAUUCACCUGCCCCAUCUCCGGCAUCUAUUACUUUGCCUACCACGUGCAUGUCAAAGGGACUAAUGUCUGGGUGGCACUUUAUAAGAACAAUGUGCCCGCCACAUACACCUAUGACGAGUACAAAAAAGGCUACCUGGAUCAAGCCUCAGGCAGCGCAGUGCUCGAACUCAAAGAGAAUGACCAAGUCUGGGUCCAAAUGCCCUCGGACCAAGCCAAUGGGCUGUACUCCACAGAAUACAUCCACUCCUCUUUCUCCGGCUUCCUGCUUUGCCCCACAUAA